CCAACGGGCGACGCCGUCUGGGAAAAAACUACGCAAUCCGCUCCAGACACGAGCAAGCCCAGACCACUUCUCGGCUCUCCUCCGCCUCAGCCCGGCCGAAGCAUCGCGCAUCGCCGCCAGUGCAGCAAUCCCAAACCCGCCCUCUUUUUCUCUUUCUGUCAUUCCGUCCUUUGCAUUGCACGCGCCCUCACGUCAAGCAUGUGGAGUUGGACGCGUGCCGCAACAAAUCAUCGGCUGGAAUUCUUCAUGGACGUCGGUGCCCUCUGGAGAUCCCUGGUGGUUGCAAGUUGCAAGUUGCAACCACAUACUGGAAGAGAAACGCGAUCCUUCGCGAGAUAGAUUCCGGGGUAAACCAUGGUAACACAGUUGCACGGCUUGCACGGGUACCUCGAGGCGUUGCCGCAGCCUCCUCCUCAUCUUGUCCAACGGCAUGCACAAUCGCAACACCUAGUCCAAACCACCACCAUGACAAAAAUGCACGACAGAAACGUCUCGUUGCCGAAUCAAGGACCUUGCCUGUCCGCCACCGUGACAAUUUUUCCCCUUAUCAACGUACCAAUGGUGUCUCUGGAAGAGCCAUCCCUCAGCUCACCCAGCCCGCCAACGCCGGAAUCAGCCAACUUUUCGGCUCCACACCCGAAGGGGAAAGUCUGUCGUCAUCCCGGGAUACCGCUGACUUCUGAAAGAACAACAAAGAUCCGAAAACAAAAGUGCGAGCAGAGUAGAGGACACGCCACCGUGGUAAACACAGCAACGCACAUCCCAAAUGGAGACUCGUUGCCAGCGCUCAACGUCUCUACAUACGCAUCCAAGGAAACCACGCGCUUCCGACACGAAGCGCUCGACAUUGUCGACAGUCGCCGUAUGCAAGUGGGGAACCACGAGUCACCUUGACUGCCCACUCUUCACCACUACGUUCUGUGAGCCGUGAGGCGCGACCCGUUCAUCUAGGUGAACAGAGGCAAGAGAAGUUGCCUUUGAGACAUCAUCAUUGCCCUUGGAAGGGAAAGUGCGCGUGCGAGAGAUCGUUCCCUGCUCUCCUUUCGAUUCGAGUUGGCCGUCUUCCUUCAGCCGAGACAGCACCCAAACCACGUCCCGUCUGCCGCACUUCAACCCUGCUACUCACCAUGGGCAUUUCUUCUACCUUGGCGAAACCAUCCAUCACUACGGCCGCCUCGUAAAGCCCCAACGGUUGCCUUGUCUGUCUCGUUCGACCCAAACACGCUGCCCCUUGAGGCAUCCAACGUGCACUUGCCCAACCAAACAUACCUAGUUCUGGACAGGAGCCUUCGACCGGCACAGUAUAUUCGUCGCCGUCACCGUCGCCGUCGCAUUUUGGGGCAAGAAUCACUGCUCGCUCCUCGACAUGGCCAAACUCAUGAUCAUACCCACUAACCUGACUGCCCGCAUGUCCUCGACAGAACCGCCAACGUCCAAAGAUGUACCGGCACUGCACAGCCCCUCGGGCAAGGUCUUCUCCAUCCAGGUAAUGGUGACCGACAAAGUCCACGUUAGGCCCUGGACACACGCCGUGUACGUCGGUGAAGGUGCUGCCAACGUCUUAUUCGUUGCAUUUCUCUACACAAAGUACGAACGGCAGCACGAAGCCGACAGAACCGAGUCCGACCUGUUGACCAAAUUCUUGCUGAGAGUGCCAAAAAAGGACAAGGACCCCUCCAAGCCGUUCUACCAUCCAGGGGAGCAGUACAGGUUCUUUUGGGAAAAGAUUGCCCCCCUGUUCAGCUACCGUGCCGACAUGUUGGCCGAGGUGACGUGCGCACGGAUUCACUCGGACGCCGUCUGGCACUUACACAAAGUACUGGACGCCCUGGACAAGGCACCACCGGGGGCGCAAUCGCGGCCAUCCAAGUUUCGGGGAGACGAGAUUGCCGGCUGGGACUUGCUCCUCAUGGUGGAAAGCAUGCGUGCAAGAAGCGAAGACGAGCGCGUCGUCGAGUUCAAGCCCAAGUGGCUGGCUCAGUCGCCAUCGGCCCCGAAAGACGCCAACACGUGCAGAUGUUGCGCCCUCGCGGCCAGGAAGUUCGCCAGCAACAAAGACCGGAACAUGGACCCCCGGGAAUACCCAUGCCCGCUGUGGCUGGAUCCCGAGCGAGUGGCACCCGAUGGCGGAGAGGUCGUGCGGCAAAAGGCCAUCGCACGCUUAUUCCAGAACAGCAGCUUCGAAGACAACAAGCACGCCUCUGCGCUCUACGAGUUGCUGAAGAAAACCACCGUCCUCGAGCUUUUGAAAGCACAUCAGAUAACCAAGGAUACCCGCGGUCCUCUGCUCGCGCGCAAAGAUGACGAAGAGUUCAGCACAGCCAUGACGCUGCGCGACUGCUCCCUCUACAUGCGGUACAGGAUCCGGAAGGUCAACGGCCAGGAGACUGUUGUGACGGAGUCCUUCGAGGCGAAACUCGCCGACCUUGACAAGAAGAACGCCGCCUGGAAGUUGACCGAGUGGCAGGAUAAGGAACGGGCCUUGAUCGACGAGGGGUGGUAUAUGGGUCGCGGGAAAAUGAAGAACUGCGCCCUCCAGAGAUGAGCGGGAGGGACAGCGGGCAAAUGUGUACAAAAGUGUAUCAUUAUCGUGUAUUCAAGCGCAAUAUCGAUUUACAGCGAGUAUUCAGACGUUACAAUAUAAAGUAGCGUGUUUUUU